CUCUUCGAGACCGGGAAAACGCGGCUCCGACAGUAGUGGGUACCUGCUCGAGAUUGAACUCGUGCCUCGAGACGGGUGCCUAUCGCGGAUCCUGAUCGGAUUCGAUCCGGCGUGUGGAGCUAAGACCGCGGCGAUGUGCUGCAAAGCCAACUGUUGGAGUCAGAUGCAUGCGUCAUGAUUUCUGACGCUUAUCUCUCACGAACCCGCUCUCUACGCAGAUCACGAUUUUCUCUCGUUCGGUUGUCGUUAUGGGAGGCCUCGUUUAUCAUGCUUUCCCCGUUCUUACAUCGUUUCGCCCUCGGAGUCGGCAAGAUUGAGGCUGUAUCCAUGUACCUGUCAGCAGUGUCCGAGUUGGGGUUAUUUCCUCUGGGCCCAACUUGCUGGAAGAGUAGAGUGGAUCUCCCUUAUCGGUCUCAUCUGACUGCCCCGAGACACACACUUGUUGAUGACCUCAGGUGUUUUUGUGUACAAAUGUACAAUCGCCUCGUGGAUAUCCACGAGAAAGGCCUUCUAGCGAUGCGCAGUAAGCUCGCGAACUCCUUACAAGGCUUCAUCAUGGGAGUUGACGUGAAAACCACUCGCGAAGGCGACUGCUGCACCUAUCCGAGGGCUGGACAAACCGUGGUCGUGCACUACACCGGCACUCUGACUGACGGCAAGAAGUUCGACUCGUCCCGAGACCGCGAGAAGCCUUUCAAGUUCAAGAUUGGACGUGGAGAGGUCAUCAAGGGCUGGGAUGAGGGCGUCGCGAAGAUGUCCGUCGGCGAGCGCGCUACUCUAACUUGCAGUCCCGACUACGCCUACGGAUCCAGAGGACACCCCGGCAUCAUUCCGCCGAACUCGACCUUGAUUUUCGACGUCGAGCUCUUGAAGCUCGAGUGAAAAUGAACUUCUUCUGCCAUUAUUCAUGUCUUCUCCCUAUCAAAUAACUCUUUUCACCACCGUCAUUCAUCACUGAGAGGUAACAGAAACUGAAGGGAAAAAGAAAUGAGGAACCAGAUCUAUUUAAUACCAAUCCCGUAGACUCACUCGAUGCGAUUUACCUGAAGAAUCCGGACUCAAUCGAAUCGAGCACUCUUAGGGAAUAAAGCUCAAUCUCAACUCAUA